AUGGCAACAACAAAAAGCAAAGCCAUAGGCAUUGACCUUGGUACAAGCUAUAGCUGCAUUGCAGUGUGGCAAAACAAUCGUGUUGAGAUCAUUCCAAACGACCAAGGAAACCGCAUCACCCCUUCUUAUGUCGCCUUCAAUGACAUCGAAAGGUUAAUAGGCGAUGCUGCCAUAAAACAAUUAGCCAGAAAUCCUCAAAACACCAUUUUUGAUGCCAAACGUUUGAUUGGUCGUCGAUUCUCUGACCAAUCUGUACAGCAAGAUAUGAAGCUUUGGCCUUUUAAGGUUGUCCCAAACAACAAAGACAAACCCAUGAUUGUUGUCACUUACAAAGGCCAAAAGAAACAUUUUUCACCUCAAGAGAUAUCUGCUAUGGUUUUGUCUAAGUUGAAGGAUGUUGCUGAAAUUUAUUUGGGACAUGAAGUGAAAAAUGCUGUUAUCACUGUUCCAGCUUACUUCAACAACUCACAGAGACAAGCUACAAAAGAUGCAGGGAAAAUUGCCGGUUUUAAUGUGAUGAGGGUCAUCAAUGAGCCUACUGCAGCUGCUAUUGCUUAUGGUUUCCACAAGAAAAAGUGGAUAGAAGGUGAGAAGAAUGUGCUUGUGUUUGAUCUUGGUGGUGGAACUUUUGAUGUUUCCUUGGUGACCAUUGAUGAAGGAAUGUUUCAGGUUAAGGCCACAAUGGGAGAUACUCAUUUGGGUGGUGUUGAUUUUGAUAACAAUUUGGUGAACCGUCUUAUUCAAUUGUUUCAUAGAAAGUACAAGAAGGAUUUGAACAUCGGCGAAAAUUCCAAAGCUUUGGGGAGGUUAAGGUCAGCAUGUGAAAAAGCAAAGAGGCUACUUUCUUCAGCUUCAGAGACAACCAUUGAGCUUGACUUUCUAAGUGGAGGGAUUGAUCUACAUGUCACCAUUACUAGAGCUUUGUUUGAAGAAAUAAACAAGGACUUAUUCAAAAAGUGCAUGGAGAUUGUUGAAAAGUGUUUGGUUGAGGCAAAAAUUAGUAAAAAUGAAGUUCAUGAUUUUGUUCUUGUAGGAGGAUCUACUAGAAUUCCAAAGAUUCAACAACUAUUAAAGGAAAUGUUCAGACUCAACAGCGAAGUCAAAGAGCCUUGCAAAAGCAUUAAUCCUGACGAAGCUGUGGCUUAUGGUGCAGCAGUUCAAGCAGCAAUAUUGAAUUUUGAAGGAGACAAGAAAAUCGAAGACUUGUUGCUGUUGGAUGUUAUGCCUCUUAGUCUUGGUAUUGAAACUAAAGGUGGUGUCAUGUCUGUUUUGAUUCCAAAGAAUACUAUGAUCCCUACAAAAAAGGAGAGUGUUUUCUCUACAUUCUCUCAUAAUCAAGAUAAUGUUUGUAUCAAAGUGUAUGAAGGAGAACACGCUAAGACCGAGGAUAACUUUUUUCUUGGAAAAUUUGAUCUCUCAGGGUGUUCUUCAUUAUCUAGAAAUGUUCCAAAUAUAAAUGUAUGUUUUGAUGUCGAUGUGGAUGGUAUUUUGGAGGUUACUGUUGAAGAUAAGACAAAAGGGUUGAAAAAGAAGAUUACUAUCAUCAACAAAGAGGGAAGAUUGAGUUCUGAAGAGAUGAGGAGGAUGGUGAGGGAUGAAGAGAGGUAUAAGGUAGAGGAUGAAAAGGCGGCGAAGAAGGUGAAAGCAAAGAACUUGUUUGAGAAUUAUGUUUAUGAAAUGAGGGAGAGAGUGAAGAAGGUUGAGAAGGUAGUGGCGGAAACUAUAGAAUGGCUUGAUAGAAACCAAUUGGCUGAAAUUGAUGAGUUUGAAUUCAAGAAGCAGGAAUUGGAAAAUAUUAUGCAGUUUCUCUAA